AUGUACAAGGUCAUCACUAGCUACAAGUUUCAGUUCAUGUUGUUUCUCCUUGCGGAUGUCCUGAAGGAGCUCAACAAUCUGAGCUUGAAGUUCCAGCGCCGCCAGGUUGACGCGACCCAUGUGCUGCCGAUGGUUCACAACACUACCUUGCUGCUGCGCACUCGUUACUUCGACAGCGACGACGACUCUUUCGGCCAGGGUGGAGAUGCUUUGGGCCCUUUUCUCAAGAAGCACGCGUCCCGGGAGUCUCGGGAGGUGAAGGUGGCUGGCAAGGCGGCCGACGGUACAUCAAGCGACCUCACCUACACACUCCACAAGGACCCCAUCAAGGGGCAGAAGGGCGGUGCGGACCACGGUGCGUGUUUGGAGUUGGCGCGCGCAUUCGUGACAACGUUGAUCGGCCGGCUGGAUUUCCGACUCAAGGACCUCGCCAACCUUGACGGGGCGAAGCUGUUCAAGCAAGGGUCAUAUCCCAAGAACCAGGCGAAGCGCGAGAGGAAACUUGGGCAGUGGCUGCAUUCUCUGCGCAACAUGUUUAAGAAGAAGCCUGAAGACCCUGACACCCUACCCGGUGCGUAA